AAAAGCAGCAGAAGAAAAUUGUUGGUCUCCAGAUUGAAACCGUUCCGUCUUGGGUUUGUCGUCGCGUGCGUAUACUUUUGUUGGUCAGAGGUCACGCAUAUAUUGGCCUUUAAGGAACAAUAGGACCCCCCAAAAAGCUUCACAGCAGCAAUCUUCCUUUUUUUUUUGUUGGUCAGAGUUGUCAUUGUCAGCAACAGCAGUAGCAGCAUCAGCACCAUCAUCAUCAUUCGUUGUCACCGUUCCCAGAACAGCAACAACAGAGAGACACGUACAGGAUAAAGCUCGAAAGAGAUGCUCCUGCGAAAGUGAGAGAAAGAGAGAGUGAGAACAGUGUGCGAAGAAAAGAGAAAGCAAGAGAACCAGUGCGUGUGUGUGUGUGUGCGUGUUCGUGUGUGUGUUGCUGUAUAAAGCGGACGAUUGGUACGCCUUGGUACGCUUGGAAGGAUAGAGGAGUAAAGUUGGUGCGGAUUUUUUUUUCUGGUUUUGAGAUUUUGCGUGGCCGAAAAACGCCUAAACAUUUUCCGUUUCUUUUGGGAAAAUUCCGCUACAUACAAAAACGCCCAUCGGGAAAAGUUGGCAUAAUAUGAACAAUUUAACUUGUGGAUUUGAUGUGCUGCUGUGUGACUUAACUAAGCUUGCAGAAGAGACUAAUAUUUACAGCAGCUGGGGUUUUUUGGGUGGAACUCCUCGAGUACGGUUGUGGUGCGUCAGUACGACACAAACGAACCACACAUGUCCUACGAAUGGCAUCUCAAAUAUCGGAAAUCUUUGGGUUGGUCGCUGCUUUCGUGUACGAUGCGUUGAUAUAUGGACUUUUAUUACGUACGAGGAGUACUUUAACACAUCUAGAGACUCACAGGCGAGUGUUGCGAGUAUGUAAAUCAAUGUUGAAAAAAAAAACAAGUUCUUCCCCAUGAACUUCGACUCCAUUUUGUGUGUCAAUGCGUUUAACUUUUUCGGGUUUUUGUUGUCGAUUUAAUCGGGGUACAAAAUCUGCAAAAAAGCAAAGGCAGUGUGUGAGUGCACGUGUCCGGGGUCGUAAUCGUUGCAUGUGUCUGUGCGACGGUAUGUGUGUACAGUGAUGCCUGAGUGUGCUGUACAGUGUUGUGUGGUUGUGUUCGUGCAUCCCAGUGGAUACGAUAGGGCAUGCUGCAUGCCUGUGUGGACGCGCCUCAGUGUCAUAUCGGUGACGUGCCAGCUGCAAUCCACGUCAUCAUCACUGGCUGCUCAAACGUAGCUCGAUUGGGCGACAGUCGGAUAAUAGUCAAUUGGAACGUAAAACAAGGCAGAACACUCCAUUUUCGUCCGUUCGACCGAUACCGAUCGGUUAUCGGAGAUGGAGCCAAACGUUACCGUUUAAAAUUGAAUCGGCCCACAUACCAAUAAAUAUAGUAAAUACGCAAAACUGGGGAAAAUUGCUUUAGUAAGCGAAAUAUUUUCACUCCUUCCCCCCAACUCGCUAUCGGAACUCCGUUCCGGUAUCGAGCACAAGCAAAAUAGAAAAAUCGUUCGAUAACUUUUUUGCCACACGAUUGGGGUAUGGCAAAAAGGGAGCUACGGAAUAGUAACGAUUUGAAAGCGAGGUGAGCCGCAGCUAGUGGAAAAUAGCCGUACGAAAGAAUGUGCUUACCAUCCCGCGCUCAUGUGGAGGAUCGACGAUGCAUUGCAUGGAAGUGACAGUUUUAGGCAGUGUUUUAGUGCUAGCAGAGUUACGGGAUAGCAUUGGUACGGUACGGAACUAGGGGGCGGAAAGCAAAUCAGGCUUGUUCGAAGCAACGUAAGAGAAGAGAAGCAAUGCUGAAAGCGAAUCGAGUCCCGUACCAUAUGAACACAGCUAUGGAGAAGGCUUCGUAGAAAAUGUAUUAAACUAAGCAUGAGAAUUAAUAUCGCUUUUUGUAAAACACAAAAUUUCCUACUCUACGUACUUCGAAUUGAAAGCAAUGUGUGUGUGUUUGAAAGCAUUAUAAAUGUCACCCAGGGAGGGAAUUAAUCGACACUAAGGAAUUGAUCAAAAAAGCGCAUUUAAAAUAUUACAACUGUACAGAAUAUUGCGGAGAGGUGUGCAUCGUAAGUGUUGCGUUCGAUCAGUGUCCAACGUUUCCAACCGUUUUCAAACAAUCAAAUCCUCAUCUCACCUCCGAUCGUGCCCUCCCCCCAAAAACCCCACUGAUUGUAACGACACGCGCUGUUCAGCUGUUUCAAUAGUCAAUGGGUGUUUGUAUGUGCGUGUCUUGUUCGUGUAUCGUCGGUGUACUAUUAACGCGCGUGUGUUUCCGUGUUUCCGUGUGUGCAUUCGUUCUGUAAUACAUCCUGCCCGAUCGCCGGUGGCCGAUGGAUCACUCAAGGAUUAAAGGCAAACGUCAACUACCCACAAACGGUGGCGGUGAAAGUGUUUGAAGAAUAAUAACUAGCAGCCAUCUUCAUUGCCAUUCCGUUGCUGCUUGUCAGUAUGCGUGUCAGUUCAUCAUAGUUACCUACACGGUGUACCCGUUGCUAAAUAUCGUCCAUUUCAUUACCGUGGCAACGUGCAGGCGUGUUGUUAGCAAAAUUUCAAUACGCGAACAGUGCGCAGUGUGUUGAGUUCAACGGAUACGGUCAACCCGCAUAGGAAUUGUCAUAGGUAGCUUUGAACGAGAUUACACAACAACAAACCUCUCUCUCUCUCUCCGACACCCUGUAUCAUCGUCUCACACACCAGUGUCCACUGCUCAGUACUUCGUGGCAGACACGAGCUUUGACGCGACGGCACUGAGAACGGCGCCAUUCAACGAAGGUGCCAAAGGUGCCGCCUUCCUUCAGAAGGAGGCUCCGCAUAGGCGCUAGGCUGCCAGCUGCAGGCGAUGCACCGGUUUGCGGAUCGACCGGGUGGACCUGGCCUAAGAUGGGGAGCGUGCUACUCACGGCUGUGUUCAUAGCGUUACAAUUUGCUACCGGCCUGGCCAACCCUGACUCAAAGCGUUUAUAUGACGACCUGCUGAGCAACUACAACCGACUGAUACGGCCCGUGGGCAACAACUCCGAUCGUCUGACAGUCAAAAUGGGUCUCAGGCUCUCCCAGUUGAUUGAUGUGAAUCUCAAGAAUCAAAUUAUGACGACAAACGUGUGGGUAGAACAGGAAUGGAACGAUUACAAGCUCAAAUGGAACCCAGAUGAUUACGGUGGAGUGGACACCCUGCACGUCCCAUCCGAACACAUUUGGCUGCCAGAUAUAGUGUUGUAUAAUAAUGCGGACGGUAACUAUGAGGUGACAAUAAUGACAAAAGCAAUUUUACAUCAUACGGGUAAAGUAGUAUGGAAACCACCUGCCAUUUAUAAAUCAUUUUGUGAAAUCGAUGUUGAAUAUUUUCCAUUUGAUGAGCAAACAUGUUUUAUGAAAUUCGGAUCCUGGACGUACGACGGUUACAUGGUCGAUCUUCGGCACCUCCAGCAGACACCGGACUCAGACAACAUCGACAUCGGCAUCGAUCUGCAAGAUUACUAUAUAUCAGUUGAAUGGGACAUUAUGAAGGUGCCUGCCGUUAGGAAUGAAAAAUUUUAUAGUUGUUGUGAAGAACCAUAUCCGGAUAUUAUAUUUAACAUAACGUUAAGGCGAAAGACACUUUUCUACACCGUAAACUUAAUCAUACCUUGCGUUGGGAUAUCGUUCCUUUCCGUGCUAGUGUUUUAUUUGCCGAGUGACUCCGGCGAAAAGAUAUCAUUAUGUAUAAGUAUACUGCUGUCGCUGACCGUGUUUUUUCUGCUGCUUGCCGAAAUCAUUCCUCCGACGUCGCUCACGGUACCGCUGCUUGGCAAGUAUCUGCUGUUCACCAUGAUGCUCGUCACACUGUCGGUCGUCGUUACGAUUGCCGUACUGAACGUCAACUUUCGAUCGCCCGUCACGCAUCGAAUGGCUCCGUGGGUGCAUCGCGUUUUUAUAGAACUACUGCCUAAGGUACUGUGCAUAGAGCGGCCAAAGAAGGAGGAUGAGCCAUCCGACAACGACGAUCAGACGCCCACGGACGUACUGACGGACGUGUUCCAGGUGCCGCCCGAUGUGGAGAAGUACGUCGGCUUCUGCGGGAAGGAGUAUGGCACGGACUUUGAUAUACCCGCACUGCCUCCGUCACGGUUUGAUGUGGCCGCCUCCGGUGGCGUUGGACCGUGCUUUGGCGAACCUCCACUACCUGCACUGCCACUGCCGGGCGGGGAUGACGAUCUCUUCAGUCCGACCGGCAACGGGGAUAUGAGCCCGACGUGUUGCGGCGAUCUCAGCCCUACCUUCGAGAAGCCGCUGUUACGCGAGAUGGAGAAAACCAUCGAAGCGUCACGGUUUGUUGCACAGCAUGUUAGGAAUAAGGACAAGUUCGAAAGUAUAGAGGAAGACUGGAAAUAUGUGGCGCUAGUGCUGGAUCGACUAUUUCUGUGGAUAUUUACGAUAGCGUGCGUUAUGGGCACCUGUCUGAUUAUCCUGCAAGCGCCGAGCCUGUACGACAACACGCAACCGAUCGAUGCCAUGUACUCGAAGAUUGCCAAGAAGAAGAUGGAGCUGCUUAAAAUGGGAAGCGAGAAUGUAUAGCAUCCGCCCGGGUUCGCAUCCGCCGUUUGGAAGUACAUUCUAAACUGGAUGCGAACCCUGGUCAACGAGGAUGACCACUAAACGCCAAUCAAGUCGCGUAACUCCAUUUCAUCAGCAACAUCAGGUCGCUAUACGGUAAACAACGAACUGGUACAACACACCCUCUGGAUACAGCAUCUUCCUUUCCGUUUCUCCACCAAACCCCUCCGUCACACUCCACAACGGUUGUGUUCACGUAAGUCAUUCACUGUUCUGUUUCCGGGUUGCCACAGCACAGCACAGGGGUUAGGUCCGGUAAGACCUAACGAUUGCGCCUCUGUCAACAUUAGCCCGUAAGCUCGUCACGCUAAUCAGCAAGUAAUACAACAUACGUUCAAAAGGCUCUCGAGCGCCUCGCAUUGCUCUUUACUCGAUACAAGGCAAAAGCGCACUACGUUCCUAUCAUCUUGAUUAGCUCCCAGUUGUCUUAUUUUUUCCCCCCCAAUCUCCCUUCUGUACCCUUCUCUGCCACCUCAAAACUAACAGCAUGUGUGCAAACAUGCAAGUGUCAAUAACAAUCAAAUUAAGGUUAAUGUAAACGAGCGCCAACGGGCGAAAUAGGGCAGCAGCCCACACGUCACAAGUCUAGACGAAAUUCUUGACUUUGGGGGAGGUUUAUCGCACUAGCAACACCGGGUUUUGCUAUUCGAUUAGGGCACCGCAGCCACAAUGGCCAUUACGUUCACGUUGUGAUCGGGUGCGAACUCGGUAACCGAAUUCGCGGCUCGACAAAUGGCCACGAGAUAGCGAGAGUAAAGCAAACCAUACUAAUGGAUGCACACUUCAAAGAAAUCAAGAUAAAAUGGCUGCGUAGCAGCUGUGUAAGCAAACGCUUCACCGUGUAGUGUCCGCGUAGCACGCAAAGAUUAAUUAACAAGCAAACAAACAAAAAAAAACAAAGAAGUGAAGCCACGUUAAUGGGUGGUCGCAUUACAUCGGCCAUCUAUACUAGGGCAGCAUCGUAUUCUGUCAAACAGUGCUAGUAGCAUAGUGGCAAUAUGCGCAGCCAUUUUGUUUAAAAAAGUUUAAAACUGAAAAGAACAACUAAGACAAAUAGCACACGAGCAAUUUGUUGUUAUGGUUAAGUUUGUUUGAUAGCACUUCUCAAUUUUCCCACCGUUAUACUCGUUGGUUUCCGUGCGAUAUAGAAAUAUAUUAAGCAAAGUGCGUUAACGUUCCGGCGUAAGCUUUUGGUUGUUUUUUUGGCAGCGGUAAGUUAGGUUUACAACCCACGCUCCACGGCACGCAACAGCACCGGUGCAUACAACUGUGCGGGGUUGCAUUGUAAAGGUUUAACAACAGCACUAACACACACAGCACAAUCGGUACCCAAAGUAAUAAAAAAAAACAGUAGCGAAUCGAACGUUAUCCAGCAGAUAUGUCAGCUGUUAAGGGUUUUUGAUACUGUUUGUUUUUCUUCUUCUUAGCUAAUUGAAUACACGUGUUUUGUGCACCGGAUGUCACCGAGUUAUGUAGGGUUCAGUUCGAUCGUAAUGUAUCGAAAAAGCCGUUUUGGAAUUGUUUGUUAUGAGUUCGAUGUCGAAAGUGGUCAACCAGUGGGCUAGCUUCGUUAGCAGUUAGCGCAUCUUAUCCGCAAACCCAGCUCGAAGGGAAGGCGUUUUAUGUUACGAAUGUAGUGAUUUUAACUCGACUGUUUCAAAUGUGUUAAAGGAACAAACAAACGCAAAAUGCACCCAUUUGCCAUCGUAACCAUGGCGCGAAUGGAUGCAGACAGAUGGCCGCCGUGGUAGAAAUAAUAUGUUAAAAAAAAAUAAUGAAAACAAUCAGCAUGAAUUGGUCUGAUAAUGAAGUGUCUUAACUACAGGAAAUUCUACCAAAAUUCCCGAUUAUAUAAAAAACCGAGCAGAAGACGAUCCUAUCGACAAUGCGCUAAAGCAUUGCGUUUUUUGGUAGCCAAAGCCUGCCCCAUUAAAAAAACGACAUCAUGGCAUUUUGGGUGGGAAAAAAAAUCGGUUCAACCAAAUCAAACCAAACUGCAUGCGUAGUGUUCAGCUACGGUAAAGGUGGUUGUAUAAAGAAAA